CGCAGAGAAACAUUCAAAAGAAGGAAAAAAGCUAUAUUCUCCUUGUAACUCAUGUCACAACCAUUUUAUGGUUGAUAGCGUUAAAGAUAUAAGAUUACAUCUGUAUCGCAAGGGUUUUGACCCAACAUACCUGCAAUGGAAACGGCAUGGAGAGUUAGAAAAUCUUUGCAGCUCUAGCUAUACUCAUAAUGAACAAGCCGAGGAUGAUAUUCAAGACACCCACAAUCUUGAGGUUGAAAUGGAAGAUGAGUUAGGGGCCACUCAAGAUGUUCCUCCUGAUCAAGUUGUUAUUGAUGAAGAGCGUAAUAUGUAUGAGAGCUUAGCUUUGAGCGAGAAGAACAGGGACAUACAUAAGAAGAAUCCCUAUCCGCACUAUAUGGGCCGGGGUGGAUAUGCCAUGCUUCAACGUGAGUUGGCUGCUUCUCAGGCCACCACCUCUGCCGAUAUCGCUGGUUCGUCUACCGAGACGGGUUCUCAACUAGGAUGGGAGGACUCUUGGUUGCGAGGUCACACCCCGGGGAAGCAGGCAGAAGUUACGGACCCUGCACUGAUGGAGAUUCGUGAUAGGAUAGUGUUUCAUCAGUCUACUUCGCCUUAUACUAGAGCCGAAUGAGAAGAGAGUAUUGCUGAAACAAUGCGGAAGCUUAAGUAUAAAACAUAAUCAAAUUGUUUUACAUUUUUCUGGGUUCUCACCCGAAAAGGUAUUUAUUUAAUUAAAACAUCAUAAAUGUGGUCCACCAGUCCGUACAUCUCGUCACUCUCAUUGACCUCCGGGAUGGGCUCCAUGAUCAGUAUUGUUACCUGCGUGUAGCAAGUAAAACAAACUACACGCUCAGCGUCAGCUGAGGAAUAUGCUAAUACAACAAUUCCAAGUUGAAUAGCAUGUAGACAUAUAAUUAUCAUGAUAUGACAUAAUAUAGCAUGUAUGCUCAAAUGAUGAUUGUGAUACGUAAUAAAUGUCAUACAUAGUCACAAUGAUUGCAUUUGCUUGAUGAUGAAUUCAUGCUGUAUGAUUCUAGGUCACAAGGACAAGCCUUGAACUAUGAGAUUCGUCCAUUUUGUACGACGAACUCACGCUAAAAUAGGGGUGGUACUCGAAAGCCUAAGUACCAUGUACGUACACUAAGCCCGGUCCGUGAUGUCGGACUGCUAAGUCCUGCACAAUCACAACUACAAGAGACGCACUUCCGCCUGAUCUCUUGCGCAUGCACAUGAUGUGAUAUGUUUCAAUAUGGAUGAUGAAAUGAAUCACAUGAUAUGAACAAUUUGUAAACAACAUGAUUGGAUAAAUAUACUUUAUUUUAUUUG